CAAGAGGAUUCAGUUGAAGUAUUAGCAGAUUUCGGGUUAGGUUGAAAAAUGUUGAAGAUAAAUGUGUCUGGUUUGGCAACUCUUGUUUUUUUUAAAUCUUCCUCAUACCAUCCCGUUUAGGGUCAUUUGUUAAAAGGCCCUGUCGUACACAAAGAAAAAAGAUCUUCCAAAGAUUGCUUUGCAGCAAGCAGUGAAAAACAAGCCCCUUGAGUUACAAUGCCGUGUAAGAAUGUGAAACUCGGCAAGCACGUAUGCACAGAUACACCAACACGCAUGCAUAACGACAACCACACGCAUACAAACAGUUGCAUGCUCACACACGUGCGCACACACACACACACACACGGAGGUCAGCAAAGACACCCACAAGCACAACACCCACAGACCUGCACACACAAUAACACACACACACUCAUUUUCAGUGCAAUAUAAUGUCUGCUAUUGCUUACCGUUAGCUGGGAGAGUAGUGUGUCAGGGUUGUGUCACAGCUAAACUCUUUAGGCCUGUUGCUAUUUGAUGACGGCAAUGAAAAUAGAAGUAUAAUUGUCUGUAACAAGAGCCCAAAACACUAGGAGGGUACUUAAAGUAUUAUUCUGGUACACAGUCUACCCCACAAGAUUGAGACUGGUACCAAAACAAGGGCUCUCCAGUCCAACUCUACACACCAAUAGUUUGUCUUUGACAUACUUUACAUGUCAAACCUUUGACUUUGUCACCUUUCCCAGAUACUUUAACCUCUGAGUCUAUAAACUUUGUUUGCAUCGGUGACCUUUUUUGAGCCACUUGCCCUACGAUCUCUCGGGGAACUUUCGGAGUGUUAUGAAGUUGCCCCCUGAAGCUGAUCAGAAGACAAUUUUGCAUUACCCCCUAACCCCUACUCCACCCUCACCUUCUAAGGUUGGGGGUGAUAAGCUGAUCUUAGAUCAGUGUCUAACGACAACGACUCGAACUCAAAAAGUUAAAUGCGGCAUCAUUACAGAGUGCCUAUCCGACAGUAAAGCAUCCUGGCCAGGAAUUUCUUAACUCGCAGAGGUUAGUGUUACCCUCUCCGACACAGAUCCUACAAAGUUCCCUCCUGAUAGAGCAAGGCGCUUAACCCUAAUUGCUCCUGUAAGUCGCUCUGGAUAGGAGCGUCUGCUAAAUGACUAAAAUGUAAAUAGAGUUCUCUCUCUGCUCCAGAGCCCUCUGGAGGGCAAAGGGCCUGUCUAAGGGACGCAAGUAUAACUUAUUUAAAGACCACCUUAUCAUCCUACUCCACGCAGUUCACGCUGGCACCUGGGGAAUUCAGACCGUAUUGGGGAAUUCAGUCCCGUCUAUGGGGAGGUAAUACCGUAUUGGGGAAUUCAGUCCCGUCUAUGGGGAGGUAAUACCGUACUGGGGAAUUCCAUCCCAUCUAUGGGGAGGUAAUACCGUACUGGGGAAUUCCAUCCCAUCUAUGGGGAGGUAAUACCGUAUUGGGGAAUUCCAUCCCAUCUAUGGGGAGGUAAUACCUUAUUGGGGAAUUCAAUCCCAUCUAUUGGGAGGUAAUACUGUAUAAGCUAUAGCUGAUGGAUACAAUGUUAUGUUGACAUAUACUUCUCUUUUUAAUCAUGCUUAUCUGGUAGCCUGAUGGUAAGUUAUGUGAAUAUCAAUGUUAUAUCCACCAUGUAUUCAUUGAGUGGGGUAAUUCAUUAGCCAUACCGCUAAAUUGUCCUUUGUAAGGAUGCAGGGAAUGCUGUCCCCCUUUGCAGUUGAAGAGCAAUUGUCUUAGCAUGACAUUCAUUCUCUUUGCGCUAGCUGCGUCACCCUUCAUUUCACCUUUAAAACAAUUAGCAGUUAGCUAUUAUCAUUAGUGAUGUAGCAUUAGCAUUGAGCCUGCCUGAAUAAUGAUCCUCUCUAUCCUCCACACUGAAAGGGCAUUUCCUUCAGUGCUAGGCUAGCUGCUUUACUCUUACUACCACAUUCCCGCCACCUUCAAAGUCGUUAGCAGUUAAUGUUAGCAUUAGCAUAGGAGUGUUUUUAGAAUAACAAGGCUCUCUAGCCUGCUGUCCAAAGACUCUGCAGGUCCCCUGUGGGGAUAUUUAGCUCUUCGCACAUCACGAAAGGUCUUCUUUCCAAGGCUAAACACCCAGUUAACAGACGGUGCUCUCGUUCCCAACUCCCCCAUAACGUCUGUCUCCUCCGCACCGCCUAGCCGCGAAUAGGAAAUGUCAGGCCUAUUAAAAUGGAUGUCAGGUCGGCUUCACAGAGAUGGAAAGACGGUAUAGAAGCCCUCACCAAGGCUUUUUAAUCACAGGCCUGCAGAGCUGCCGUUUCCUUUUCUACCUAGUUGCUCGCCAAGGGAUUGAUUCGUGUCACGAUUUAAAGCGUAGAUAAGGAACACUGGCAGUGUUUGGGGCUCAGCCCUCCAAGCAUGGAGUUGAAAAGUUCUGCGCCCUAUCCCCUCCUAGGACUUCAGAACCUAGAACCCUUCUCAGCAGUGGCCCAUUUUAGGACCCUUCUCAGAUGCUUAGCAGUGACUUUUCACUGAUUUGACUUACCAACCUUGGCCUGUCAGGAAUGCCUGCUGUUUCACAGAGAAAGUCUCCAUAAAGAGACUAUCUGGCAGGGCAGAUAACAAAACUGCUUUGACAGUCAGCCCAUGCAGUGUGUCACACAGAGAGAUCGAAGACCCUGUCACAUUCCAAGAUAGGUUGAAAAUGAAAAGUAUGGUUUUGAAUAUAGUUGACAGAGAAUUGUUGACUAUUGUAUCUGAAAUAAACUGUUUUGCCAUUUCUGCAGCAUUCAAGUAGAUGAUUCCACGAGACUCCAUAGGACUGAGCAUGGCACUUGACACGUGAAAUAUGAUCGCAAGACAGUGGUCAACAUUGGGGCUCUGUCAUACUAUCAGUCCACUGACUCCACUCUUUUCUGUUUUGUUUGUGAGGUCACAUGGUGCCAACGUCUGCCAGGUCCAUUCAUCAGGGUAUGCAAUAUGGACAUGAUGGCCUGUGGACAGACAGUCCCUCAGUAGAAUAAAGAUGAAAUUGUACCCAGCUACGGUAGAACUGUUAGGAGAGCUCUUCAACAUGAACACAGAUAGUGGAGGACGCGCUCGCAGCAGCGCUGCCUUGCUACUCACCCUCUCCCACAUGAAGCGGGUCCAGAGCGUCCCCAAUCUGGGUACAGGGAGUGAGUCUCACUCAUCAGAUUCAGAUGCUUGGAGGUCGCGUAGCACCGACGGCCUGAGGAACGGCGACGACGUCAGUUCUUCUCUGGCCGCCAAGGGCUUCCGCAGCGUCAGGCCCAACCUGCAAGACAAGAAGUCCCCCACGCAGGCUGUCAAUCAGGUCCCCCUCCCGCCCCCUAGGAGAGAGAGCUACCCCUCCCCCGCCACAGGCGCUAUCCCCCCCUCCUACAGCUCCCUCCUAGCCGAGACCCUCGGACCCGGGAUGCUAGCCCUCUCCAACGAGAAGGCCGUCCUCAAAGAGUCUUACACAGUCAAGAGCACGUCUUCUUACUCCCACCAUCAGAGUACUACCACCACUUCUGCACCUCAACCCCAAUCUGAACCCAACCCCCAGCCCCCACAAACAAACCCUCAGUCUCCCCUCGCCAACCCCAUCCCCAAUGACACCAGCGAGGUCAAAGCCUCCACUGCUACUUCCUCCACCACCACCCAGCUUCAGGCUUCAGAGCGCAAGGUGUCCUCCCUCAGACUCACCCCCGUCACCAUCCCUGAUCCCCCCUCCCACCAACCCAUCCCCCAGCCUGAGACUCUCACCACUUCCCUUCCUCCCCCUAGCCUUCCCCCCUGUAAAGACUCCUCCAUCGGCCCCCAAAGCCAGCACACAGCCUCCCUCUCCGUCCAGAUGGCCCCGCGGAACCCCAAACCACCGGGCUCCAAGGCCCCUACCCUGGAGCCCAAGACCCCAGCCCCAGCUUCUGACCCUGGGGAGGGCAGGAAGGUGAAGGCCCCCCCUCCAGUUCCACCUCUACCGUCCGCAGCGAAUGUGGUGGGCCAAGCUAUUCAAGUGGCUAUGAAUGGAAGUGCGCCCCACCCCCAGAGGCCCUCCUCACCCCCGGCCUACCCCCCUCUCCCCGCCUCGUUCAGCCCAGGGGUGGUUCACAUGCAGAGUCGGAGCGCAGAAGGUUCAGAGUCGGUGAUGUCGGGCCACACCAGCGUGAGCAGCACGGUGCCCCUCGCCCGCUUUUCAGAGGAGGAGAAGAGGGUGUCGGUCAUCAAGGCGCCCCACUACGAGGGCAUCGGCCCCGUGGAUGACACGGGCAUCCCCAUCGCCAUUCGCACGACGGUGGAUAGGCCGAAGGACUGGUACAAGACCAUGUUCAAGCAGAUCCACAUGGUUCACAAAGCAGAUGACGACUACGCCGACUCGUACAACGCCACAUACACUGUCAGCGGUGACAGUGACACAUAUGGUCAGUCCUCCAACCCCACCGUGGCCUACCCUCCCCCCAGGACACAAACGUACCGGCCCCUGGCCAAGAGCCCGUCGGACAACGGAGGCCCCGGGACCUUCAGGGAGCCCUCCCCUGUGCCACCGCCACCCCCGCCCAAGCCCUCCCUCCUCCAGCUAAGGUCCAGAGACAGCGACCGGGAGCGAGACUCGCCCGACACCAUGAAUCAGUGGGGCCCUCCCGAUAGGAAAGUGGACACUAGAAAGUACCGCGCUGAACCCAAGAGUAUAUUUGAGUACGAGCCUGGGAAAUCAUCCAUUCUGGAGCAGGAGAGGCCGACCUAUAAGCUAAACCCAGAUGACAUAGAUUUAGAGAACGAGCCUUGGUAUAAGUUCUUUUCCGAGCUGGAGUUCGGCCGUCCGCCUCCUAAAAAACGUCUGGAUUAUAAUCCAGACAUCUGCCCUCGCCGACUCACAGAGACGUCGCUGUACUUCACUCCGACUGCUGACCGGGUUCCAGAGAGGCCGGCGAGUGCUGCCAGUGACUACAGAAAGAGGAGGAAGUCGGAGCCGUCAGGUGAUCAGGGCAAGAACCAGGUCUCCCCAAAACCACCGGACCCGUACAGAGGCAGCAACACACUGAGGAAACCUGCCAUCCGCUCCUCCCCCUCCUCCCCCUCCAGAGUCAAAGGUUUCCUCUCUCAUAGUGGGGCGACCACAGAAAAGAUUAGCGGUGGGGAAAUGUGCGAAAUGACCUACUCCCCCCGUUUGAGCUCUUCCCCGGGCCCGUACCUCCGCUCCCCUCUCUCCCCCAUGCCCUCCAACCUCGCCCACCGUCGCUACGACGACGAUGCCAACCCGGGAGCAGCCUCCUCGCCCUCCUCGCCCCUCAAGCGUGCCAUCUGCUUCAAGAACGGCUGGCAGACGCGGCGGCAGGACGCUGAGACAUGGAGCAGCGCAGAAGAUGCGCCGCCCUCGCCCGCAAAGCUGAAGUCGCGUAGCUGCGACAACCUGCUCAACGACGGGCACCCAGGGGGCACCGGCGGACACAAGGCUACCCGUUCGGAGAGCGCCGGGUCACUGGUAUUCGAUAACCCAUUGGUGCAAACCGCAUCAUCCUCUACUUGCUCCUUGCCUCGCCUGCACCGGCGACGUGCCCACGACGCGCCAGGCUUCCUGAAGCUCUACCGCAAGAUGCACCACAUCGACCGCGCCCAGCUGCUGCCCUCUGACGUCAUCCGCUCGGUCCGUGCCCGCAUCCUGGAGCUGGAGCGUCAGCCGCACCUCUUCCCCCGAAAACUCUCCCCCUGGGGGUCGUCGUGGGGCCUGGAGGUCCCUCGCGAUACGGUGCCAAUGCGCAUCUCCACGUACGAGCAACUCAUCCAGAAGUCCAAGUCCAUGCCCGACUUGGGAGAUGGCGAGGUCCCGUCUGGCGCAACCACGCCCGGCGGGUCAUCGUCCCGUGCCAGUAGCAGCGGGGGAGGAGGCGGCGGGGGCAGGGAGACACCCGGGUACCCCAUACGCCGUUUCUCCAUUGAGUCUCUGUUAGAAGAGGACAUUAACAACGGGAAUGGGAACGGGACGUCCCAUCACACUUUUGACCACCAUCACGCUCACCAGGGGGAGAGGAACCCACCCGAGGGUCAGCCCCGCCUCGUCCUGGACCCCCACCACCGUGAUUUCCCCGACCCCCUCGUUUAUCGACGCGCCGCUGUCCCGGGGGCCGAGUACUCUGAGUCGGAGCAGGAUGCAGCCGCCUCGGACCUCAGUGACUUUGUCCAAGUCGAAGGAUCCUCCUUCUGUAGCGAGAGCGACUUCGACCACUGCUCGCUCACCUCGUCAGUCGAGAGCUUCUACGGCCCCUCCUCCCACCACCACCUUCGCCGCCACCACAACCCCAGUCAUCAGUCUCUCGGUCAGGGUCAGGGCUACCAGCACCGUCACCUCAUCAGCUCAUGUAAAGGACGCUGCCCGGCCUCCAACACCCGCUUCACCACCAUGCUGCGCCACGAGCGGGAGCGGGCCCGCCAGGAGCUCCGGCAGAAACCCCCCCAGACACAGCAAACCAGACACGGGAGAAGGGGAGGGGACCACCAUACCCUACCCCCCUCGUCCCAAGCAGCCCAAACCCAGCAGGGGAUGUCCAAGCUGGCCUUCCUCAUCAGUCCCGUGCCUUUCCGAAGGAAAAAGGGUGAUUCUCCACCCACUUCGAGAAGGAGUAGUGGAGGUCGAAGUACCAGGCCCAAGUCUAAAGAAGCCGUUUAUGAAGCUUUGGAUGCGGCCUUGAGGGAUAUCUACGAACACAUCCAAGCGGAGCGAGGCCGGAGUGGCGCUAGGCUACCAGACGAUAGCAUCCUCCGGAGGCUACUGGCUGAGAUCCUCCCGGAUGUGCCCGAGAGGAGCUCCUCGUUGCGGGGACAGAGGGGGAGCCGCAAGGGGGGUCCCUCCUCGAGCUCCUCGUACCCCGACGGGAGUCCAACAGGGUACGGCUCGUCGCCGCGGCUACAGUCGCCGCUAAGUACCUCUUACAGUCUCUGUACAGACACCUCCAAUAACAACGACUAUGGAGAGGAGCCAGGCAACGGCAACGCAGAGCAGGAUGCCUCCAGGGGGUACAACACAACCACCAGCGACAGGGGAGGGGGGCAGACCAGACGAGCCACCCCGGACAGAGAGGUCUCCCAUAAGCAGAUGACCCAACUCAUUCUCUUCUCUCUCCUCCAUCAGAAACAGCCUGCCAGAGCUAUAUAUGACUUUAAGGCACAGACUGCUAAAGAGCUGACGUUCAAGAAGGGCGACGCGGUCAACAUCAUCAGACAGAUCGACAGCAACUGGUACGAGGGGGAGCACCGCGGACGACUGGGCAUCUUCCCCAUCUCCUACAUAGAGAAGAUGCCGUUGCCAGAGAAGCACCAGCCGAUUAGGCCUCCUCCACCAGCACACGUCAGAGAGAUCGGGGAGGGGGUGGCCCGUUACAACUUCAACGCUGACACUAACGUGGAGCUGUCCCUCCGCAAGGGUGAGCGGGUAGUCUUGCUGAGACAGGUGGACCAGAACUGGUACGAGGGGAACAUCCCAGACACCACCAAGCAGGGCAUCUUCCCUGUGGCCUACAUAGACAUCGUCAAACGCUCGCCCUCCAAGAGCCCCGCCCCCUCCCACCACCCAGACCCACACGGCUACCCCAGCAAGAGGACACAGGGCUCCACGCCCACCAAGAGGUUUGUGCAGGAUUCGCUCCAUGGUGGAGGAGACCCGUUCCAGGCCCUGUACAACUAUCUGCCCCGUAACGAGGACGAGCUGGAGCUGAAGGAGGGGGACGUCGUGGACGUCAUGGAGAAGUGUGACGACGGCUGGUUUGUCGGAACUUCUCGACGGAGCAAGCAGUUUGGAACCUUCCCAGGAAACUACGUCAAGAAACUAUAAUGAUGAAUCCGGUCCACCCCCGCACCCUCCUUACUUGGACCCUUCCAUCUCUAGCACAACCCAUAUUGGACACAACCAACCCGGAGUAAAAUGAAGUUGCUCCUAGACACUGAUUUGGGUCAGUUUUGCACUUUCCCCAUCAAUGGUUAUGGUUAGGAUUGGGGGGAGGUGGAGCUGACCCUAGAUCUGUACCUAGGGGAAACCUCACCCCGGAACAACACGCCCCCCAUUAUGUCGGGUCAUCCAAGAAGCCUUUCCCAAGUGUGUGCGACAACGUCACAACAAGUAUUUUGUUUUAGCUCUAACUAGCCAACUCUACAGGAGACUAUUCCACUAACUAAACGGUUAUUUUCUAAAUGAUGAGGUUGAAGAAGAUGAGGUUGAAGAAGAUCCAUACUUUUGUAUUCCUGUCACCUCAGAUACUGAAGGAAGGGUAGCCAAACAAGAUGGCCCCCUUUUUAGUGUUGACAUCCGCUUUUAUUUGAUUCAUUAGAUCUAUUUUGACCCAGUAAUGUAAUAACUUGCAUUGAUAAGUUGAUUGUGUAACAUUCAGAAUGGUCAAAUAUGGUAAAGAGAGAGUUAAAGAUGCCAAGUAAACUGCCACUCAGGAUUGCCUUGACAUCAUCAUGUCAGCCAUGUUUCUUUUUCCUUUUUCCUCAGUGUUAAAUGAAUACAGAGACCCCCCCUAAGCGUAUUAUCUGUAAUAGAGGGGCAUGUUGCUAUUUUCAGAGCAGUAUUGUCAUAGGACAUUGCAACACAUUUCAAUGUUUAGUCAUUUGGCAAAUGCUCUCAUCCACACCGACUUUCAAUAAGCGACACGAAACAACCACAGUAUUAUUAGUACAAAAAUCUUCAUCAGAUGUUACAUUUCAUACACCAAACACAGGAACACUUCCCCAGUGAAAAUGAUGAUGUGUAAUCCAUGAUACCCGAAAGUGUUGCUGGAUACCACAGGAUAGGGUAUGACAUGUUUGGAGGCAAAUGCAUUGAUAUUGAAUGCAUAUAUGAAUGCAUAUAUCUCUCCAGAGCCUUCUAUUCGCACCGGAAGGUUCUGGAUAUCUGCCCGCUAUGGGUCUACAGUCAAUUCCAGUUUCUCAUUAUAGUGUUUGCUAACUCCUAUAUGGAUGAGUUAUUUCAAAUGUGGAAUUGUCAAUCGUUGAUAUUUUUAUUUUGAACCCUUCUGUUUGAACAAGUACAGUACAUUUUGUACUUUUGAUGGAAAAUAAUAUUUAUAGAUUUGGGAUUUUAUUGAUUGGUUGACUUGGCAUUUUAUCCCUUUUCUCACGUAACAUUUCAGAGUACACUACGGAUUUUACAAGUGAAAGCUAGAUUGGAUUGUCGAUAGGGCUUUAGGAGUUUGAUACCGUUGGAAAACCAUAUGCAAAAGCAACUAGUUUUCCCACUUUUUUCUGUAUGUAUAGAUGUUUAUAAUGGGAAAAGUAUUGAAUAUUGAUAAAACGUCAUUUAGAUGUCUCCGUCCAUAGAUAUAACUCAUGGAAUGGAAGGAGCAACAUCUGUUUCUCAACUUACUUUGUGUACUUUCUUUUAGUUGAAGUGGCCUAAGGUGAAGUGUACUUUUGGCUAAUUUCAACCAGAGCAAAUCCCCUUGUCAUGUUUAAGAUAACGAGACAAUAGCCAAAAAAUGUGUUCCCAGUCGAGUCUGACAUUUUACUUUUGUCAAUAUACAACAAACGUUCAGGUCUCAACAAUAAAACAACCCUCCUUUUUGAAAUGGUGUUAUUUUAUUCUAUGACGAGGUUUUCUUUUUACGAUUGCUGUUGAAUACCGUAUUAGGAAUGUUGCCACAUUCAUUGCCUUUGUCCAAAUGGGAUGUUUUACUUCACUCUAAUAUAAUCAGAUAAGCAGUGUAAAUGAAUUUGGUUGAAUUAUACAGUUAUGUUCCUGGAGUUGUUUUUUUUCUCUAUAGGUAAUUCUGACGGUGACCUUUUUUUACUGUCCGGGAUGAAUGAAACGAUUAGAGUGUCACUGCAAUAGCUUAUAACAAUGUAUUUGAAUAACAUUUAUUAGGCAUACUUUUUGUGUUCAAUGAAUAUGAUUUAUGACAUUUGUUUUGCCUUUUUCGUGGGUAAAUGAGUAUGUAUUCGUAUAGGAAGGACACUGACCGCAGAACAGUCGUUUAAGCACCUUAAUAUGUAAUUACUUUAUUUUUGGUUUCUGUUUUUGAUUGGUUUUGUUCUAGUUUAUUUUUCUCCCCAUCCCCUUUUCAUUCACUCUUCCCUGGGUCGUGUUCAUUAGGCACCAAAAGAAAACGGACUACCUGGACAUGUCCAAUAAGAAAUGCACAUUUUCAUGUUCUGUUGCAAACGUUUCCCGUUGCUAUCCCUAAUGAACACGACCCUGGCAUGUGAGAGCACUGCGUGUCUGUCGGCGUUGUUGUUUUUUUUGUACGUCUUUUGUAUGGAGCUGUAAAUCGAUGACACGAUCCACUGCUUUAUAAACUCUUUUCUCACCCAC